AGCGAGUGGGUUACUUUAUAAAUGAAGCGUGUGGAUGGUUGAGAAAGUGAGCAGUAUAUACUUAAGGCGCACUCUGUUACAUCAAUAGAAUAAAGAUGAAUCCCGGGGGUCGCAGACUGAAGCAGUGGCUUAUAGAGCAGAUAAACAGCAAUACCUAUAAUGGACUGUUAUGGGAGGAUGAGAAGAGAACCAUGUUCCGAAUCCCCUGGAAACAUGCAGGGAAACAGGACUACAACCAGGAGGUGGAUGCAUCCAUAUUCAAAGCAUGGGCGAUAUUUAAAGGGAAGUUUAAGGAGGGAGAUAAAGCUGAACCAGCGACUUGGAAGACCAGACUGCGCUGUGCGCUCAACAAGAGCCCUGACUUUGAGGAAGUUACUGACCGAUCCCAGCUUGACAUCUCGGAGCCUUACAAAGUGUACCGAAUAGUUCCGGAGGAGGAACAGAAGUGUAUGUUGGGUAAAAACUCCAUCCCCGUAAUGUCCUGCAGUACUGACAUCAGUGACAUGGACUGCUCACCAGAUCUGGAUGAACUGAUCAAAGAGCCCUCUAAUGAUGAAUACAUGGGCAUCCUCAAGCGCAGUCAUUCUCCCCUGGACGAGGGCAGUAACGUGCCGCCGGGACAGGAAUGGUGGCAGCAGGGACCCCACAAUGCUGCUGUUGUUCAUCAGGAUCUAUCUCCUGCAGCAUUCUCUCAGAUGAUGAUCUGCUUCUAUUAUGGAGGCCGUCUGGUGGGCAGCACGGUCACCACUCACCCGGAGGGCUGCCGUAUCUCGCCCUGCCAGACCCCUGAGACUAAUGGCCUGUUAUACGGGUCGGACAGCCUCCAGAACAUCCGCUUCCCUUCAGUGGACUUCAUUGAACAUGAGAGGCAGCGUCACAUCACCCGAAAGCUCUUCAGUCACCUGGAGCGUGGUGUAUUGCUGCGUGCCAACAGAGAUGGCAUCUUCAUCAAGCGUCUGUGCCAGAGCAGAGUGUUCUGGUGUGGCCAUGACUCACAGUACAACGCAAACCCCUGCAAACUGGAGCGAGAUGCGGUGGUGAAGAUCUUUGACCCUACCAGGUUUUUAGAAGCUCUGCAAGUAUAUCAGGAGGGUCAUUAUCAGGCCCCGGACCCCACCAUCACGCUCUGCUUUGGGGAAGAGUUCAAUGAUUUCAGCACUGUCAAGAGCAAAUUAAUCAUUGUGCAGAUCACAGCAUUGAACUGUCAGAAGCUGGUGGAUGCGGUGACCACUCGCAGAUCACAGUACAGUGGCGGAAAUGUGGAGAUUUCUGAUGAGAUGGCCAGUGAUCAAAUGGCUCGCAUAUACCAGGAUCUGUGCAGCUAUACGCUUCCCCAGCGAGCUUCAUGUUUCAGAGACAACCUGCCCAUUCCAGUGUGAGGCAGAAAUCUAAACCAUCCAUAAUGAUCCCAAAUAAUGCUUUUACAUUGUCAUGACUUGUAUUAUACAUAAUGUGUAUUACACAUAACAUUUCAUGUUUAGGUAUGCUAGCUGUGUGUAGCAUUCCAUUUUCUCAGGGCUCAAAAUAUCAUCUGACAAAGUUUAAAAUGUUCUCAGGGAUAACAUUCUGUUUAUUAGAUGAAAGUGUAUUUCUUUGUUUUUGUGUUUAUAUUUUAUUUAUUUUUUCAGAAAGUUAUUUUCAAAAAAUAAUUGUGCAUGUUUUUUGUCCUAAUCAUUGGAUCCUCCUGUUAUUUUUUAUUAUUAUUAUUCACUGUAAAGUUGAUAGGUUUAACUAUCCUUCAUUUUUAUAUAAAAUUUUUUAAAGCUGAUUUUUCUUUUUACUCUGAAAUGUAAUUAUGAGUCAAAUAAAAGAUUAGCAAGACUAUAAAUGUGAAAUCUGUGAAAUGCAAAUUACAAAUUGACAAUUAAUAGCAUCCACAAAUAGUCCUCAAAUGUUGCACAGACCUACAUAAUUAAUUAUGCUAAAACAACAGCCGAUGGCUUGUCCCAAUUAUCAAUCAUCAAAAACAGUAGUUGCUGCCUUCCGUUCACGUGAUUUGUUUUACUAGAAAACUUAUAACUACUGAUUGGGUUACCCCCCCCACUCUUCAUUUUCUGGUGACGGCCCUGUGUUUACUACAGUAAUGACAAUAACUAUAAUAUGUUUAUGUCUGCAUAAUGUACACAGACACCCAUUUAUCUCGCAAUUGUAAAUGUACAGGCAAUUCAAAGUGUUUUAAUGUAACAAAAAUUUUUUGCACAAUUUUCUUUUUUCAUCCAGUUAUACUGCAUCCUCAGAAAUAAAAAAAAUAAAAAACUACUAAACUACUACUAAU